GACCAAGGGUGAUCAGGACCUAUAUCCUAUUCCUUCAAUCAAUCUAGUCUUAAGUUGCCUGCAACCAAGGUUCACAUUCAACCGAUCAUUUGCAUGAAACCAUUUAAACGAUAUUGAAAAUCAUCUUAAGAACAAUGUGCCGUCAGCAAAAUGACAAAGCAAUUGAAGAAAAGUAUUCGACUCAUUACGUCGUACCAAUAAAUCGUGACAACACGAUCCGACAAAAUCUAGCAAACCAGAGACGGCACAAAUUUACUUACACAGAGUAUAAAAUUACAAAAAUCUUGUAUCAUAACGACAAAUGUCGCGAGGCUCGGUGGAUUUCGGAAGACUCAGGACAAUCCUUCUCCGCUGCUAAAAAAGCUUAUGAUGACAAUCACAAGGAGGAAAUUCGAAAAAUCGAAGAGCUAAGGAACAAUUAUCAGUUAUACCGGGACUGGGUAAUCAGAUCACUCGGUUUAGAAGCUACAAACAGCCUGGAAGAAAGCUAUGAUGCUAAGGUAGAAACAAAAGUCAGGAAAAUCGAAACAUUUGAAGCCGCUCAAGAUUUCCAGAAUUUCUCCUUAUUUAACCAUUUUGUCUUUUUUCUAAUCAUGCUCACGUGGUGUUUACAAUGAUUUCUGUUACAUACUUCCCAUCAACAACAAUGUGAAGAAACCAUCACAAAACUACAGUAAAUUCUGUAGCCUGUCGUGUAGCGAAACAAAUCAUAAAUGUUCAAUGUUUAGGAACAAUAUUUAUUGUCGUCUUUUAAAGAUUUACAUGUAACAUGUAACAAAUUAGUGACUUGUUUACAAAUUAUUUAAAAAGUUAAGUUCAAUGUAUGAUUUUAUAAUUAAUCAGGAGUACUUAAAUUAAUAAAUGCUGCAGAAUAUCAUGAUACA